CGAGACAUGACGUGAUAACUACAGAGUAAUACUAAUACUGUUAGAUCGUUAGAUGCACUUUGAAAAAGUACCAUAGUGUGGAUGACAAUUUAAAUAGAAGCAUGAGUUCAAAUACUCUUCUGCGAUUAAAGUUGAAACAUGUUGCUCUGGCAACAGUUUGCUUACCAUUAUCUGCGUUUGUGUCGUGCAUUAUGCUAUCUCUUAUUCGUAAUUUUGACGGCAGCACAGCAACACACUGCAAGGUAGCAAAUUAUUUGCCAUCUAUUAGUGCAGCUAUUGGAGGGUACACGCCACAGCGGUACAUCUGGAGGAUUGCCAUAGCGUUGCACUCUUCACCCCGUUUGCUUGUGGCCACAAUAUACUACAACUAUUACAGCUCGAUGUUUGAAGGUAGCAAGCCUCAUGCCUAUCAUAGCAUUAUGCAAACCAAUUUUGUCUCAUAUAUUCUGGAAGUGGUUUCUUUGGUUGGAUUGACAUACAUAUCAUCAACAGAAGACAGGCUUAUUCAUGAGGUUAUGUUUACUACGUUUGUGGCCUCAGCACUGAUGUAUUUUGCAUGCACAUGUGCAUUAUUUAGACUGACCCAUGGAAAACACCUCGCAGGACUGAUAGGGAUUUCAUAUAAGUACAAGGUGAACUGCUCAUUGGUCAAUGUCUCGGCUUUAUUGUCUGCCAUGUAUCUCUACUACAGACAUAAUGCUUAUUGUGAACCUGGUGUUUACACGCUGUUCGCUUUCUGUGAGUAUAUGGUGGUACUGUCUAACAUGGGUUUCCACAUGACUGCUUACCUCGACUUUGGGGAGAAAGAAUUUACUCUUGAAAAUAUCAGGAUCAAUGAUUAUAACAUGAUGACAGAUGCCAACCUGAAAGGCAGUUGACAGUUACUAUAAUAUGUCUACAGUGAUGAGAUGAUACUAUGAGGUACAUCUACACUUCGAUAUAUAUAUAUAUAUCUGGAGUAGAUAAUAGGGAAGGAGUGUGACAUCAAUAAACAAGGGAAAUUCGUC